GCCACAACCCUCCUUCCUUUCGGACCAAAAUAUCAGUUAAGGGUGGAGUGGAGGAGCUAACAUCAACUAGUCAGAAAUGGCUGCCACCGGAGUUCUUCCCUUCAUUAGGGGGGUAGACCUCAGUGGAAAUGACUUUAAAGGAGGAUACUUCCCUGAGCAUGUCAAGUGUAUGAGCAGCCUGCGAUGGCUGAAGCUGAACAGGACGGGACUUUGUUACCUCCCAGAGGAGCUGGCCUCUCUCCAGAAGCUGGAACAUCUUUCAGUGAGUCACAACAGUCUGACCACCUUACAUGGAGAACUUUCCAGCUUACCAAACCUGCGGGCAGUGGUAGCCAGAGCCAACAGCCUGAAGAACUCCGGAGUCCCAGAUGACAUCUUUCAGCUCGAGGACCUUUCUGUGCUGGAUCUGAGCUACAAUCAGCUCACUGAGAUCCCCAGGGAGCUGGAAAACAGCAAGAACAUGCUGGUGUUGAAUCUGAGCCACAACGGCAUCGAUUCGAUCCCCAACCAGCUCUUCAUCAACCUUACAGACCUGCUCUACCUGGACCUAAGCGACAACAAGCUGGACAGUCUGCCGCCCCAGAUGAGACGCCUGGUGCACCUGCAGACCCUCAUUCUGAACAACAACCCGCUGAUGCAUGCACAGCUGCGUCAGCUGCCAGCCAUGGUGGCGUUACAGACGCUUCACCUGAGGAACACCCAGAGGACGCAGAGCAACAUGCCCACCAGCUUGGAGGGACUAACUAAUUUAGCAGACGUUGACCUGUCCUGUAACGACCUGACUCGGGUACCAGAGGGCCUGUACUCCCUGAGCAGCCUGAAAAGACUCAACCUGAGCAGCAACCAGAUCUCUGAACUCUCCUUGUGCAUCGACCAGUGGUCCCAGCUGGAGACACUAAACCUGAGUCGAAACCAGCUCACCUCGCUGCCUUCUGCAAUCUGUAAACUGUCCAAGCUCAAGAAACUGUACGUAAAUUCUAACAAACUGGACUUUGAUGGGCUUCCUCCGGGUGUGAGCAAACUUGCUAACCUCACCGAGUUUAUGGCUGCUAACAACAACCUGGAGCUCAUCCCAGAGGGCCUCUGCAGGUGUGAUAAACUGAAGAAGUUGGUGCUAAAUAAGAACCGCCUGGUAACGCUGCCUGAAACCAUCCACUUCUUGCCUGACUUGGAGAUCUUAGACGUGCGGGAGAACCCCAACUUGGUGAUGCCACCAAAGCCCGUGGACCGAGCAGCAGAGUGGUACAACAUUGACUUCUCCCUUCAGAACCAGCUGCGUCUGGCCGGAGCUUCUCCUGCGAUUGUAGCCGCUGCAGGAGGAGGAGCUAACCCCAGAGAUCACCUGGCGAGGAAGAUGAGGCUGAGAAGGAAGAAGGACUCUUCGCAGGACGAUCAGGCGAAGCAGGUCCUGAAAGGCAUGAGUGACGUCGCUCAGGAGAAGAAGAACAUGGAGGAAAACGGAGACUUGAAGUACGGAGACCUAAAAGUCCGCCGCUGGGAUAAGAGCCUGGAGAAGCCUCAGCUUGAUUACUCCGAGUUCUUUAUGGAGGACGUGGGACAGGUUCCAGGAGUAACCGUGUUUCAGAUAGAGAACUUUGUCCCCCUACAGGUAGAUGAAGCUUUCCAUGGGAAGUUCUAUGAGGCGGACUGCUACAUCAUCCUCAAGACCUUCUUGGAUGACAACGGAGCCUUAAACUGGCACAUCUUCUACUGGAUCGGUCAGGAGGCAACAUUAGACAAGAAAGCCGGCUCUGCCAUCCAUGCUGUCAACCUGAGAAACUUCUUAGGAGCAGAGUGCAGGACCAUUCGAGAGGAGAUGGGAGACGAGAGCGAGGAGUUCAGCGCAGUAUUUAACAAUGAGAUCUCCUACAUCGAAGGAGGAACAGCCAGUGGGUUUUACACCGUGGAGGACUCAAAUUAUACCAUCAGGUUGUACAGAGUCUACGGCAAGAAGAACAUCAAACUGGAGUCUGUGCCCGUGAAGGGCUCCUCCCUCGACCCUCGCUUUGUGUUCUUGUUAGACACAGGGCUGGAAAUCUCCAUCUGGAGGGGAGUCAACGCUACUCUUGGCGCCACCACAAAGGCCAGGCUGUUUGCCGAAAAGAUCAACAAGAAUGAACGGAGAGGAAAGGCAGAGAUAGUGACCCUGAUGCAGAACCAGGAGCCUCCAGAGUUCUGGGAGGCUCUAGGAGGACAACCAGAAGAGAUCAAGAAACACGUGCCAGACGAUUUUUCCCCUAUCAGACCUAAACUAUACAAAGUGGGCCUGGGUCUUGGCUAUCUGGAGCUGCCUCAGGUUAACUAUAAGCUCUCUGUGGAACAUAAAGAUCACAAGAUCAAGCUGGACACCCACCCUGAGCUCAGACUGGUACAGUCUCUCCUGGACACAAAAUGCGUGUACAUCCUGGACUGCUGGUCGGAUGUCUUCAUCUGGAUCGGGAGGAAGUCUCCCCGACUGGUCCGAGCUGCAGCCUUAAAACUGGGUCAGGAGCUCUGUUCCAUGCUGCACAGACCCAAACACUCCUCCGUCACCCGCAACCUGGAGGGCACAGAGUGUCAGGUAUUUAAAUCCAAGUUUAAGAACUGGGAUGAUGUUUUAAAGGUGGACUACUCCAGGGCUGCUGAGACUGUGCAGCAGAAUGAUAACCUGCAGGGCAAGGUGAAGAAGGACGCAGAGCAGAAGGACCAGAUGAAGGCUGACCUCACAGCCCUGUUCCUCCCCCGGCAGCCCCCCAUGCCCCUCACUGAGGCUGAACAGCUCAUGGAAGAAUGGAACGAGGACCUGGACGGCAUGGAGGGAUUUGUUUUGGAGGGUAAGAAGUUCACCCGCCUUCCUGAGGAGGAGUUUGGACACUUCUACACCCAGGACUGCUACGUCUUCCUCUGCAGAUACUGGGUUCCUGUGGAGUACGAGGACGACGCGAAGGAGAAGGAAGGACAGGGUGGCGAAGGUGGACGAGGCAAGGGGGAUGCGGACGAAGAGGACAAACAGCCUGAGGAGGACUUCCAAUGUGUGGUGUACUUCUGGCAGGGCAGACAGGCGUCUAACAUGGGCUGGCUCACCUUCACCUUCUCCCUGCAGAAGAAGUUUGAGAGUCUUUUCCCAGGAAAACUCAAGGUUGUGCGCAUGACCCAGCAACAGGAGAACCUCAAAUUCUUGUCGCACUUCAAGAGGAAGUUUAUUAUCCACAAAGGGAAGCGGAAACAAAAUGCUGACUCCCAGCCCUCCCUUUACCACAUACGCACCAAUGGCAGCGCACUUUGCACCAGGACUAUCCAGAUUGGUACAGAUUCAGGCAACCUCAACUCAGAGUUCUGCUUCAUCCUCAAGGUACCAUUCGAGAGCACUGACAACCAGGGCAUCGUGUAUACCUGGGUGGGCAGAGCCGCUGACCCCGACGAGGCCAAACUGGCCGAGGACAUCAUGAACUCCAUGUUUGAUGACACCUACAGCAAGCAGGUAAUUAAUGAGGGGGAGGAGCCAGAGAACUUCUUCUGGGUUGGAAUUGGAUCUCAGAAACAGUAUGAUGAAGAUGCAGAAUACAUGAAAUAUGCUCGGCUCUUCAGGUGCUCAAAUGAGAAGGGCUAUUUCUCCGUGUCUGAGAAAUGUUCCGACUUCUGCCAGGACGACUUGGCCGAUGAUGACAUCAUGCUGCUGGAUAACGGCAAGGAGGUUUACAUGUGGGUCGGCUCUCAGACCAGCCAGGUAGAGAUCAAACUCAGCCUCAAAGCCUGUCAGGUCUACAUUCAGCACAUGCGCGCUAAAGACUCUGAACAUCCGAGGAAGCUGCGCCUGGUGAGGAAGGGAAACGAGCCUCACUGCUUCACGCGCUGCUUCCACGCCUGGGGAGCUUUCAAAACUCCACCCUCAUAGGCCAAACACACACACUCACUGAAUCAAUCUGCUGCCAUGUGUGGUUUUAUUUAAAAUCAGUAAUAUGAGGUUCCUGUCUUUCCCUCCAUCUUGCAGCCAGGAUUACCCCAAAUAUCCUAAAAUCUUGUGGAGAAAGAGACUGUAGAUGUUUUGAGAAUGAGGGCAAAGUAAUGCAAUUUUUUUCUAUGAACUUUAUUUACACAAGCUUGAAUAUUACUGUUAAAUAAGAGAAAUAUCUUUUAAAAUGUACAGAGGAUUUAUAAAAACUAAGGGAAGGUUUAUCCUCACAUAUUGUUGUAUUGCGGUGCUUUCAUGUGGCUUGUGUUCAGGGGAGAUGCCAUUCAUUCAGCUUAUCAAAGUAGUUUAAGGCACAAACUAGUUUUGUUUGUUUAUACUUUUUUGAGGGAAAAAACAGAAAAUUGUUUUUCUGAGGAAUGUCAGCCUAAUACUUAUUACAUAUUUCUAUGCCGUUUGUCUUUGAUCUUCUCUUCGGGAAAAAAUUUGGUUUUGUCAGUUUUCUCGCUUUAAUUUCCCACUUAUCUGUUUGUUGCUCAUUAGUUUCUUUUAAUUUUGAACGUCUAAUUUUACAUCUACUUGGCCAAAGAAAUGUUCUGGAUGUCCGGCAGCAAUAUUUUUUUUUCUUCUUUCAAUGUGCAAUCAGUAGAGCCUGAAACUAAAUGACCUUACUGUAUUCUUCUAUUGGAAGCUUCUCUCUAGUUAUAUUUACAGCAGCCAGGUUUGCAUUCAUCAUAUCACACUUAUCUCCGUGUAGAGAGGGACUUCUGGCUCAGUUCUCCAGAUGACUGUAGUUUGUGAUCAUGUGACCUGUGUUCAGGGUUUGGUCCAGGGAAGCUCAGUUGACUGCAGUAUGUCUCAUACUUUAUAUUUUUAUGAGGUUUGAUUUGUAUGCCUGUUGGACUGAGUCCUACACAUAUUUGUGUCUCUAGAUACGCGCACAUGCUCCUGCAGAUGCUUUAUUUAUGUAUUUUAUAUAAAAUAAAAAUGUCACAUUA